AGUGCUUUAUACAAGAAAGUGCACGGAAAAGUAAAAUCGACCACACUAAGAACAUUUGCGAUCUUAAGGAUACAAUAGACAAGUAUAGAAUAUUUCCAUUCAUGGAUUCAUCACAGCUUCCGUCCUAUGAUCGGGUUAAAGCAUAUGAUCGGGAAAAGGACGAGUUCAUAAACGAUGAAAGCAGAAAGUACUCCAACUGUGUAGAAGCAGCUCUGCUAGGACUAGUGUGCUGUUUAGUAUAUGAUCCAAAUAAAAAGAAGUACAAUACAGACCAUCUGCCCGACAAUGAAGAAACUAAGCCACUGAAAGACUUCUUUAAAAAGUAUUCUGAGCCAAGAGAAACCACUGACUAUGAAAUGCACGAAGAUUGGUGUAGAGUGAUAGCAGACUUGAAGAAUGACAAGAUUCUUUACUUAGAGGAGAAGACGAAUGAGCUGGACAGCAGUUUGUUGAAUAUUCUUUAUGUUGUAUCGGACAUAACUGGAAGCAAAGAAGAAGUAGUUAAAGAAAUUAAGUGCUUAGAAAAGCUUCUUUCUAAUAAGAAUACUAAUGAUAAGCUUGAUAUAGAAGAAAGCUUGACUACAAUGUUCAAGGAGCUAUCAAAUAACAAGAAUCUUGAUGUAGAGUGUGACAAAUUUACAGUGGGUACACGAGAAGAUAAUAAUCUGGACUUAUUUGGUGAGUUUAAGCUAGUAUAUACUUUUAAUGAGAAAAAAAAUGGAAUAUUAGUGAAGAUAACUCCUGGUCAUUCCUCAUUAAGCUUAUUGGAAGACCUAUUGUCUAGUGAAGACAAAAAUAUUAUUAAAAAAAAGCUGACUGAAAUGCAAAAUACUUAUAGUAAUAUAGAGAGUUACACUGCAUACACAAUUAGACAGUAUAUAAACAUAGAACUUGCUAAGAUGGAGCAAAAAUCUGUAUUUAGCCGGAUUAAAGAAAGUAUUAAAAAUAACC